AUGUCACCAGCGGUUGAUACUACCAGCACUCAAGCAGAGAUCGAGGAAACAGCUCUCAAAUUGGCCAGCCUCAAGCCAGUUGGCGCCAAAAACUUUAUCAAGAAAACCAGAUUUGGUUCUCAAGCUUCGUGGGUUGAAAAGCUUCCUGAGCCUGCUCGCAAGAGACUUGAGAAGUAUAACAUCGACUUGUCCAAAGGUUACCCAAAGGUGCCGGAAGAGAAGGACAUUCCAAAGUUUGUUGACGAAGCCCAUGCUAUCAGAAACGAGGAAUACCCUUACAUUGAACGUGCUAAGAACGCCGAUCCUGAAAAGAAAGCUUUGUUUGGUGCUGCAAAGGAGGUGAGAAACUUGACGAAGCACAUUGGUACCGAGAUCAUUGGCUUGCAAUUGUCAGACCUCACUGACCAGCAGAAAGACGAGUUAGCUCUUUUGGUUGCUGAAAGAGUUGUUGUGUUUUUCAAAAAUCAAGAUUUGUCUCCACAGAAGCAAUUGGAGCUCGGCCACUACUGGGGUCAAGUAGAGGUUCACGCACAGGUUCCAAGAGUCCCAGACACUAAGGAUGGUAAGAGCCUUGCAGGGAUCACAGUUAUCUGGCAAGACUACGCCAAGGAGUUCUUUGGCCUCCCCUUGACUUUCAAGGACAACACCAAGGGCAACGGACAAUGGCACACUGACUUGGUGCAUGAGUUUCAGCCAGCUGGUAUCACUCAUUUGCACAACGAUACUAUUCCUGCUGUUGGUGGUGAUACUCUCUGGGCGUCUGGCUACGCCGCUUAUGACAAGUUGUCACCAGCCUUUCAAAAGUUCUUGGAUGGAAAGACUGCAAUUUACCGUUCAGCCCAUCGUUAUAUCGACAGAGAGAAUCCUUUGAACGGACCAAAGCACAUUGAGAGGGAGCACCCAAUUGUGAGGACUCACCCUGCCACUGGUUGGAAGUCUUUGUUCGUUAACAGGUCUAUGACUGUCCGCAUAGUGGGAUUGCAAGAAGCAGAGUCCAAGCUUAUUUUGGAAUACUUAUUCUCUAUCUUUGAGAAGAACUUGGACAUCCAAGUAAGGUUCAACUGGGCCUCCGAAAAUGGAAAGGGGACCUCUGCUAUCUGGGAUAACAGAAUCUCCCAGCAUAACGCUGUUUGGGACCACGAAGGAUUGGAACCUAGACAUGGUACUAGAGUGACUUCUUUGGCAGAGGUUCCAUUUUUCGAUCCAAAUUCCAAGUCCCAGAGAGAAGCUUUGGGUUUGUCUUUGGACUAG